UUUUUUUAAAAAAAAUUCUCUCUUAUAAAAAUUAAAAAAUCUAGUAAUUUUAAUAUCUAAUUUUAAUAUACAAAAUUUUUCAAAAAAAAAGGAAAUUUUCGAUUUCUUCCUUGAUUUGUGAAAACACUAAUAUACUAAUACAAUUAAAUAACAAACAAAAAUAUUUUUUUGGGAAAAUAAAGAAAAAUGAAUUUACGAUCAAUAAAAUUAACUUCGAGCUUUUUAGCUGCGCUUUUUAUAUCUUCAGUAUGUGGUACACAAUAUCUUUUCUCAGCAUAUAGUACUUCAUUAGCAGAACGUUUAGAUUUUAGUUCUGUUGAAGUAAAUACAAUCGGAAGUGCUGCAAAUUAUGGUGUUUAUUUGUGUAAGCCACUUUUUGGUUAUAUUGCCGACAAUUAUGGAGGAAGAAGGACAACGUUUAUUGCUUCCUUUGGCAUAUUCCUAGGAUAUUUUUGUCUUGCAAUGACAUAUAAUGGAAAUUUUUCUGAUUCGUCAUUCUUACUAUGUGCUUUAUAUGUGUUCAUUGCGGGAAUGGCAUCAUCUGCAGGUUUGGUAUCAAGUCUUGUAACAAUCGCGAAAAAUAUUAAAUCCUUCAGAGGAAUAGCAUUUGGAGCUCCAAUAGCAUUGUUCGGAUUAUCCGCAGCAAUAUAUUCAGAAAUAAAUACACUUUGGUUUAAAAAAGAUACAUACCAUUUCUUACUUUUUAUUGCUAUAAGUUCGGGAGUAUGUAUGUUUAUUGGAAGUUGGUUUCUAGUUGUAGUACCACCACCGAAUAAUCAAGACGAAAUUGUUGUAGAAGAAGAAGGUUGUUCUUCUCAUGUCACUUCGAAAGUAAAUACAGUUGGUAAAUCUGAUAAAUCUGAAAAUACGCCGUUGUUAAAUAAAGUAAAAGAAGAAGUUGACAUUGGUGGAUGGGACUUAUUUUAUAACCAUGAUGCUAAAGUGUUGGCCAUGUCUAUGUUUUUUAUUGCUGGUACAGGAUUAAUGUACAUUAAUAAUGUCGGUUCGAUAAUUAAAUCGCUAUAUUUCGCUUCAUCAACUCAUCCUCAUACUACGUUACCGAACUCUGAAGAUAAUUCGUCUUCAUCACAUAUUCAAGAAUUACAAAAUAUGCAUGUAUUUUUUCUUUCAGUUUUUUCUUGUUUAGGAAGAUUAUCUGUCGGAGUUAUAUCGGAUUUAGCGGGAUUAUUAUUUAACUUACCUCGAUUAUGGUUUUUUAUAAUUUCUGGUUUUUGGUUAUUUUUGGCUCAAUUGUUAAUUUUAUUUUACGUCAAUGACUUGGAUAAAUUAUUGAUCGUUACCAUAUUGGUCGGAUUUGGUUUUGGUAAUUUAUAUGCUAUUGGUCCCACAAUUGUUAGUGAAUGGUUUGGCACUAAAAGAUUUGGAUUGAAUUGGGGAAUGAUUGCAUGCAUUCCAGCGUUUGGCGGACAAUUAUUUAAUUUAUUAUUUGGUUUUAAUAAUGACCAACAUCAACAUCAUCACUGUUUAGGGCAAAAUUGUUAUGAUUCCGUAUUUUAUAUUAGCGCAUUCGCUUGUCUAUUCAGUAUUUGCAUUUCUUUAAGAUUAUUAUAUACUAAAAAAAUAGAAAAUAAUUAAUUUUUAUUUAUUUAUUUAAUACAUCCAAUUUUAAAAAAAUUCUCUAGCCUGGAGAUACAAAAUACAAAAAAAAAGUUGUCGAUAUAGAUAUACAGUACAUAUAAUACAUACAUACAUAGACAUUUUUUUUUUAUUUUUAAUAAAAAAUAUAUAUUAUAUACAAUAUAUAUAAACACGUUGACCAUUAUUUGUUAUG